AUGCUCCGGCGAUGGCAUGACGUUGCCGGUGCGAGGCUACACGCGCACGGUGGCGGCAUUUUCUUCGCCCACGGGCGGUCGUGGUGGGUCGGCGAGACCGAAAAGGUCUCCGCUGACUCGAGCCACGGCAUCGCCUGCUACUCUUCCGUUGACCUCGAACGCUGGCGGAAUGAAGGCAUCGUGCUGCACAACUCCGACGUUCGAGGCCUCGGAGGCGAGGUGGCGAGCUCGAGCGGCUGGGUCAUGGAGAGACCAAAGGUCCUAUUUAAUGCGCGCACCGGGCUGUUCGUGAUGUGGUUCCACCUGGAGCGAUCCCGAUCCUACUCGCUAAACGCGGCCGGCGUCGCCACCAGCAGCACGCCGUGCGGACGCUACAGCUUCCGACACGCGCUGCGCCCCGGAGGCCUGCGCUCGUUCGACGCCACGCUCUUCCAGGACUCGCACCGGCUCGCGUACCGGGUGCAAGACGUGGAGCACAAGGCGGUUGUCAUCCUCCGCCUCUCUGCCGACUUUCUCAACGCGAGCGCCGCGCCGGUGUCGGUUCUCCACGAGCGGCGCGAGGCGCCCUGCCUCUUCCGGUGGGCGGGCCGGUACCACCUCCUCACGAGCGGCCUCACCUGGUGGAACCCAAACCCGGCCGCCCUGCACGUGGCGGACAGCCUGCGCGGCCCGUGGACCCACGUGGGCAAUCCCUUCCUGCAGUCGCCGGCCGGCGGAGGCCCGGAGCAGCGAGGCGAGAGGGCGGCCGCCACAUCGUUCCACUCGCAGCCCGCCUUUGUGCUCGUGUACACCAGCGAGCGGCAGGAGCAAGUCGCGCUGCUCAUGGCCGACCGGUGGUGCCCGCGGGGAGAGCGCUGCUCGCAGCCGUGGUGCACCUGCCUGCUCCAGGCCACCUACCUGUGGCAGCAGCUCCUCCCGCCCGCCGCGGCUGCUCGGUCUGCCGCGCCGCUCCCACCUCUCGUCGUCGCGUGGAAGCCGCGGUGGCGGCCGCCGGCCCCGCACCAGAGCACGCUCGCGGGCGUGCCGGUGGCAGGCCUGCGCCGCCUGUGA